ACCAAACCAAAGCAUAGCCAGCAAACCCAACAAACAAAAGUGACUGACUGACUGACUAUGAAGGUUUCGUACUCACCAGCCCCUGAAUCUGAAUCUCGCCCGGCCUGCCAGGUUAUCUUAAAGAGUCCAUCGGGACUUUCGUGGCCUGUUUUUUUUUUUUUGUGUGUGUGCUUUCUUUCAAUGCAGGUCAUUUUGAUUUUCAUUUCAUGUAUGUCCAAACGUUGUGAAAUAUACAAAGCCGUCCCUUCACUCCACUCUCUGCUCCUCAAGUUGCUUGCAGGGCCAUAAAGUAGAAGCAGAACCUCGAAAAGGAGGUCUUGGCAUCCACCAUAGAAUUCUAGAGCUCGCCCCCCCCCUUCCCCCAGAGGCCAGUCCAGGCCGAUGGCUUCUGAGACUUUGCUCGCUCUCGACCAACUUUGGCCAACAUGUUGCAUGCAUCACUUCUUAUUUUGUGCAUUCCUGACGGCCGCAUGGCUCAGCAGCGUUUUAUCUCACCCCAACAAGCUUUAUUGAAAUCCCAGACCGAGGGCAGAGAUCACCUGGCUCUCAUACUCCACUCUUGUCCAAACAUGGAUUUACACUAUCAGGAACUUCAUGACUGACUUUGGAUGAGCGAUUAAUGCCUCCCAGAGGACGCGCUAUAACAUAUACAGUAAGGUUUGUUGCUUCAAGCUCAAGUGCGUUGCAGGAUUUAUGUGCGGUUCUCCAGAAUGCAUCCCGUUACAGGUGAUCUGCUGUUCCACGUAGGAUGAAACACUUCACUUGGAUCUCCUGAAAAAAGAACCCGCACUCUGUCAAAGAUUAUCAUCUAGGCACUACUACCAGACAAACCCAAAUAAAUUACCAGACUAAAACCUACAGGGAGUGCCGCGAACCUUCUACCUGUGGAAAAAUGGGAUUAUUUAAGUCAGCUGUUUGGGCGGUCGCUGCUCACACUCUACCGUCUCACCAGCUCGCUCAUGCGAUCUAAUUGGAUUUAUGUGCGGGAAUGUUUUCCAAAGACGCACUUGUGAAAUACGUCCACAUCUGCUGGCCAUUAGCGGUGGACAUAACACACAACAGAGAGAGGAAAGCCCCCGACGCCUUGAUUCAUUGGAGUGCGCCUCGGCCUUUAUUGCAGGCGGAAGAAAAUGGCCUUAGGCCUUAUCUCCCCGUCCCCGUCGCGGUUUUCCUCCGGCCGUUGGAGCCCGCACUUGAUUUCUCUACCUGCUUCCUAAUACGGAACAUCGCAGCUUCCAUUUUCCUUCCAUGCAAUUUCUUUUCCAUCUGCCGCCGCACCCCGAUGUAUUCACGUUCGCUGCCCCCCGUCUCGCUGCUCCGCUCAGACAGUCGUUUAUCUACGUCAACAGGACUUCCAUCUCCUCUAAGAUGGCUCCCCAGGGCCCGGGAUGUCCUCCUGUUUCAUCCCUUCCGCGGGCACCGGGAGAAGCUAAGCAAAGGAGGUCUGACACCCCGCCCCCCUGACCGCUCAUCUGUCAUCUGCAAUGGGAAAGGCACUCUCCUAAUUGGGGGGAAAAGUGUUGAGGGGCUGCGAGGCUGCAGGGGUGGACCUUGUUAUUCUAGUGUUGGGCGGGUCAGAGGUGAAAAGCGGGAGAUCACACCGGUGAUUAGCCUCCUUCAUGUGCGAGAGUGCGGGGCAACGGAGCGGGUGUGCCGGCCAGCUGGGGUGUAAAAUAAUUAGACGGGUAAAGUCCGGCUUCGGCGUCGUUAAUGGUGACACUGUGGGUCAAAUGUGGGGACUCCCCAGCGAGGCAGAGUCUCUAGCAUCUGAGGAAAACUGAUCCCCUUUGAAGGAUCGUUCAAAGGAUGACACUUUGCAAUUUUGUUUUGUCUCGUUAAGGCUUUUAAUCGUUGGUAUGUUGGGAGGACGAGCGGAAUGUCUAUGUAGUGGUCUUGAUCAAGGUACGGUCUUGAUUCCUGUACCGUAACUAUUGGACUCGAAGAUAAUCAUUCCCAGGAUCAGGACUUGACAGGUUCUUCUGUGAAAAUGUCAAGGCUAGCAAAGCAGAACCUUUGAGGGUACCAGCGCAUUGUCCAACAGUCCAGAAUCGCUGGGGAAUAAUCAGCCACAAAACAAAAGGAUAAAGAUCUUUGGAAUUGUCGCUCAGGUUGACGGCAAAUUAGCACAAACUCAUCUGGGGAGUUUGUUCGCGUUUGCGUCAAAACGGACUUGUUAACCUAGCGCUUAACCCUACCAAGUAUAUAUAGAAUGACUGACGUUUUGGAGACUUGGGGGGUCUCGAAUGGGACUACAAUCGGUGGAAGCUAAUACUCCCCUCGCUUUGGUAUGUUUGGAAAGAAUCACUCCCGCCUCCAGCACCUUCCCCCCCCCCAAUGAAUGCAUAAUCAGGCAUCAAGACUUAACGUAUCUACCUGAAAUGGUGGAUGUUGGGGCUAGCUGUACUUCAAAGAGUUGGCAGGCGCACCAAAAAAGAUGUUUUUGCGUGUCUGGAUUUCUUCUUGAAGCUGAUUGACAGAUGUGAUGUGAGCAUGCCUCUACACCUGCCGGUACUUUCCGACACACAUGCCGACCAAAAGGCAGAAAAGCCCAAAUGACCUGCACACGUCUUAAUGAGCCCUUACCAGGGCGUCUGGCAUUUGCCUCCAACCAUUCCUCCACCACGCCGGUCUCUCUCUUGCUCUCUGGAGGGUCCUAAGACUGCCGGCCAUUAACGGCUCAAGUGUGGAUUUCCUGUCAAGUUCGGGUGAGGGCCCAACAAAAGUCCCGUAUGCUGGUACCUGAACUGGAUCACUUCCAGCUGACCCUAACCCUAAACAUACGCUUUACUGGGCCACCAGAAUAUCCCCUUUAAGAUGAUGUGCCACCCUUUUAUAUCUAUGAUGUAUUCAGAUAGCUCUAAACCGGGUAGAAAUCCCAAAACGUUCGUACUACGAUGAUUGAUUGGAAGUGAAAGUUUGUUUUUGAGCAUUUCCUGCUUAUGUGCUUCGGUACCUGAAGGCGUUUUGCAACUGGCUGAGGAUCUCGGUGUUUUGUGCCAAGUGGUCUUUGGCACGGCCCGCCAAGAAUCCCAUCUGUUUUUCCGCGGCAGCCAAAGUGAGGCAACGGGGACGAACGCACGCGGGAUCCUGCUCUUACAAUUAUCCCGUUUUUUUGGCGUCGGGUACUCGUCUGAAGAAGUUCGAGCGCUCAGAUUUCCGACCAACUUACAGCAAAGUAUGUCAACAAGUGACACGUUGAGAUUCAUUUGUGUUUUAUCUGGCUUGUAAAUCAGCUGCAGGACAAACUGCAAAAUACCUAUAGUCAUCCAUCAUAUUUGUAUGCAUGAUUAGAAUUGCAACGUGUAUUCAAAGUCUUUUUUUAUUUCUUAAACUGAAAUCCAUCAAGUGCUCUCAUGCAUGGCGGUUAAAAGCAUGUUCGUCACCCUUCAUCUGGAAGGUAAUGUUGAAAUAGGUACAUUGGAGGAUAAAGAGACUACAUGGCAACAAAAUUGAGCAAAAAACAAAAUCAAUCUUUCCAUGGCAACACGGGUGGGGAGAUCUACCAAAAAAGAUUUUACAAAAAAUAUACACAAUGUAUUAUGUCUAUUUUAUUGGAUAUAGUUGGUAUCAAGUCGUAUGUACAGUACAGCAUACAUGUGACAAAAUAUGUUAUCACCAAACUAGAUUUAAGUUAAAAAUAUUUAUUUUCUACUUUUUCCCCCAACAAUUAAAAAAAAAAAAAACUGAAAUAAGAAAUGAACACGAAUAUUUUUCGUGACAUUUCUUAAACCGAAGUCUGGUUUUAUUUUGAAAGCAAGCACCGGACGUGGCUUGAGCCAGCAUGCACGUCAAUGCGCUUGACUCGCGCUCCAGACAGGCGCCUCUGGUAGAAAAAGUCGAGUGAAGUGGGCGGGUUGAACCGAGGACGCGCGUGGACUCUACCAGCGAGUCUUUGGGCGGACGUCGGCCACGCAGGACGUUACAUUGGAGCAUCCCGAAGUGUGUGUCUCACUCCGCGCAACAAGCUGCCCACGCACACGCACAUCCCGCUCAAGUCCACCAUGAGGACGCACGUAUGGAUUUACCAGGCGCUGGUGUGCGCGCUGCUCAGCCUGCUGGAUGCAGGUGACUGUCGAAAGAGCAGACAGUCUUUGCAACGCUAUGAAAAGUCUGACAACCACCUGCUGGUCUGUGCCGAGUGCCCGCAGUCUCCCGUGGUGCGCAACAGUCGCUCGCAGGAACAUUGCGCCCACAAGUGCAAGAAAGUCAAGAAGCACUUCAACUGCAGGGCCUUCAACUUCCACAAACACAACAGGAAAUGCCACUUGCUCCCCUUCGACCGGUUCAGCCACGGCGCACAGAAGCAGGCCGGCGCCAACUUCACGCUGUAUGAAAAGAAAGAUUACAUAAGGGAGUGUAUCAUGGGACCCAAGGACAACUACAGAGGGAGGAGGUCUUGGACCAAGUCGAACAUAACGUGUCAAGCCUGGUCUGAUAAUAACAUCAAUGAACACACGUUUUAUCCCGAUCGGUACCCAAUGCAAGACUUGAGGGAGAACUUCUGCCGGAAUCCCAACAACGACCCCGGUGGUCCGUGGUGCUAUACCACCGAUCCCAACGUACGGGCCGAGGAGUGUGGCGUGCCGCAGUGUUCGGAGGACGUGUGCAUGACGUGUAACGGUGAGGAAUACCGGGGCAAAGUUGACCAUACCGAGAGCGGCAAGGAGUGCCAACGAUGGGACUCCACCAGACCCCACAAACACAAAUUCCAGCCCAAAAAGUACAGGGACAAAGGCUUGACAGAUAACUACUGUCGCAAUCCGGACAAUCGCCUCCGUCCAUGGUGCCACACCAUGGAUCCAAAGACUCCCUGGGAGUACUGCAACAUCACCAUGUGUGAGUCCGACUCCAGGGAGGAUCCAGAUGUGAACGCCACGAUGUGGUGCGUCCGCGGAAAGGGUCGAGAGUACCGCGGCACCAUGAACGUAACUCCUGAAGGGGUGACGUGUCAGCGCUGGGACUCGCAGUUUCCCCACCAGCACUUCUUUCUUCCAGAUAACUUCAAAUGCAAGGACCUGCGUGACAAUUUCUGUCGCAACCCAGAUGGGUCAGAGUACCCAUGGUGUUUCACCAGCGAUCCCAAUCAGCGCAGAGCCAACUGCACGCACAUCCCCAGGUGUGACGCCCAGGCGGCCAAGAAAACUGAAUGCUACGAGGACAACGGGGAGGCGUACCGGGGCACCUUAGCUGUCACGCGCUCAGGGAUUCCUUGCGCCAAUUGGUCCCUUCACAUCAACAGCGGGGAUUCUCACUCUACACUAUCCCAUGUAGGGCUGGACAAGAACUACUGCCGAAAUCCUGACCGGGACAAACAUGGCCCGUGGUGCUACACUGACCCGAACACUCGCCUGGCUUGGGAUUACUGCAAAUUGAAACCCUGUGAUUCCACAACAGCCACACCUCCAAACGCGACGCAAACGCCACCCGGUCCAGCACCGACCGUGCCCAAGAUCUCGUGCUUCGUCCACAUCACCACUCGCAUCGUCGGGGGCCACCAAGUGCGAGGGGCGGAUGGUAGCUGGGUUGUCAGCAUCCAGAGAGAAAAGAUCCAUAUGUGUGGAGGUUCUUUGAUCAGAGAAGAUUGGGUGUUGACGGACCAGCAGUGCUUCACAUCCUGCGUUCCCGACCUGAGGGAAUACAGCGUACAGGUGGGACUACGCCACCUGAACGAGUCGUCGCGUCACCCCAGACUUAAAAUAUCUCGCCUUAUCUGCGGCCCGGAGGGAUCCAACCUGGUCAUGCUGAAACUGGCCAACCCUGCGCCCGUGUCGGAGGGAGCCGCCACCAUUCAUCUUCCCGUCAAAGAAUGUCACAUCGCCGAGGGCAUCAACUGCACCAUGUACGGAUGGGGCGAAACCAGAGAUAAGGAACGGGAACGGGCGUUGAACGCCGUGACCAUGCCGAUGGUGGACGACGACAAGUGUUCGCGGAUUAAGGGGGACGCUGGAGAAAGAAGGAUUUGUGCCGGAGGCAAGAGAGGAGAAGGCGUGUGCGAAAAAGACAAUGGUGGUCCGCUGGUGUGCCAGGAGCAGGAACGCCGUGUGGUGGUGGGUGUGAGCAUCCAGCGCACCAAGUGUGCAUCGUCACGGCCGGCACUCUUCGUCAACGUGGCGUUCUACUCACAGUGGAUUUACAAAGUCUUCAAGCUUUACCCCGGCCCGGACACGAACUGACCGAGCAGGCCUGGAGAAAAAAAAAAACUUUGCAAGGAGUUAUUUUUUUCAGGGAAAACAAUCACUGACUACCAAAUGGAAUCUCCACUAAGCAAAUGAAGAUUGUGUGAAGCGAACCGUGACUAAGAAUCGUCUCCUGGAAUUUACUUGAAUACUCGGACGGUGGUCCGUAACGGACAAGAAGCUUCGGCGUGCGAUUGGAUGCUGCUGUCAAGCUCCGAGGUUCUCGUGCUAAUGCUUGUAGCAUGAGCGAGCGGCGGCCCUCGCCAAGGCAAACAUGCCUCCGCUUUCUGGAGGGAACUGCCGUGGCCCCUGGUGGGCUGUGUGCGGUCACUCGGUUAUUUUUCUCUUUCAUGCAAAGUGAAGCCUUAUGUACAUAACGGGACGGAUAUUCGAACGCGAGUUUAUGGGUCUCAUAGAUCCAACUUCCCUUCCCAUCACUUCCUUUUGCCGCUAAUGAUGUUUGAUAUAUUUAAAAAAGAGAAGAGGUAGCUUGACUAUAUUUAUUGUCGACUGCGGUCCAAAUGGUUUUGGAAUUAAUUAAGACCAGAUGAGCACAUACACACAAAAAGAGGCUGAUGGUUUGCUGGCUAAAUGAAGACGUUUUUGGCUGGAAACUUUGUCAGUUAAAUGGUUAUUCAUCAUUUCUUUGGUUUAGGCUUGGACUAUUUACUAUUUACAACAUCUGGAUCGAUUUUUCAUGUGAUGGAGCAUUUGAAGGAAUUGAGUUGAAUAUGUCAUCUAUGCAAAAAGCAAUUCAGAACAUUUAAAAUAUGUGGUUUUUAGAUGUAUUAGCAACAAUUAGGGCGCAACCGAUUAAUUGGCAGGCCGAUUUGGUCGACCGAUUUUUCCUCUUUUAAAAUCGCAAAAAUCAACCAAAAUUUUGCAAUUUUUUUAUUAUACACAUAUUAACACAUUGAAACAUAAGAAAAAUAUAAUGACAUUAGAAUAUUCACUCUACCAAAAAAAUUGGCAAAAAUAAUCAGCUGAUUAUUCUCUGUAAAAUUUAACAAAUAUUGAAGGAAAAAAAUAUGUAAAUCAGUCAAAAGCCCUGCCUGUAAUUAUUUUUAUUCUUGUAUAAAAAAGGAAGGAAAAAGAGAUUUUAUUCAUGAUAUAUUUUUAAUUAAUCAAUCGCUUAAUUGAAUCCCGAAAGUCAGAAUCUGCAUCGGCGUUAAAAUAUCCAUAUCGGUAAGCCCCUAAUAACAGUUUCCUCAACUGACUGUGGCAUAAUCCAAAUAAGAAACAAAUUUUUUUAAGUGUUCAUUUUUUUUACUAACUCUUAUUUAAUUGCCUGACGUUGUACAUAGCCCAGUGUAAAAUUUUGUAAAUAUCACAUGAUAUUUUUUAACAUCACAGCAACUGGCUGAAUUUAUUUUUUAUAAAAGCUGCUAUUUUUGGCCCUAUGACUUUUUGGUUUUGUGUUUUGUUCCACUUUGUUAUUCCCAUUUUAA